AUGCCAGAGAAGACGUACAGCUUGAAAGAAAUAAUAGCGAAAAAGAUACCGAUUCUGUUCUAUGCGUGUAACAGAGAAAAUACGGACAGCAAAGCGGAAUUACAAAACGCAACAAUCAACAAGAGGUACCAAGUUGGCUUUGAUACGGCCAAGUUACAACGGUACUUAACGGAUGAAGUAGACAAUCUAAUAGUGAUAAGUGCUACGGAGUUCCAAGAGUGCACGAGCGUAAUUCAAUCAAACGUUGUGAGCAAGCAAAAUGGACAUUUGUCUAUGUCACAGAUAAACGGUCCACUUAAAUAUUUAACGGCCAAUCACACGGUGUUUGUAAAGGAUAUCGAUAAAAAUAUGAAUCUUUUUUACUUUCUGAGGAACAAACUGCGGGCGGCCUCGUUCAUAUUCUGUAGUAACGAGCGAACAGGAUUUAAAAAAGUAAUGGAAAUUGGGAUUGCAGAGGACUCGUCGAAACAUUGGUUGGUGGAGAGAGUAAACGAGAGGUUCGGUGUUGUAGGAAGUAAUUACAGCUUGCUGAAGGAUUUUAUCAUUCAAGGAAGAGGUGCACCGUACCUAAAUGACAAGGUAUUCAUGGAAAAUAACGAAUUUUACGUAUUAGCAGAUGAGCAGAAGGGCGAAUGGAUGAGAGAGGAGGUGCCUCGGGAAUACAAACACAGGAUACGCCUCUACAAAUUGAUAUCGCUGGUGUAUGCCGAGGAAGAGUAUGAGAUGAGAUGUUGUAUUAACGCAUAUCUGAGAGAAUGCUGCGGUUUAACAGAAGACGAUGUAUUUUCGUCUUUUGUCACCAGCACUUUCGAUUUGGCAGGUGAUGGCUCCUGCACUACGGCCCCUAUUACAAGUGCAACUUCAUCGGAUUUGGCGAAUGGCAAAAUCUCGAUUAAAUCUCUCAAACACCUCAAAAUGGCCUUGACAAAACAGCUGUUGCUUCUAAUACAGGAUGUGUUAACAACUGACUUGCCAUCCGUUCUGAUAGGCCCAACAGGCACAGGAAAAACAUCUCUUCUACAACGAUUGUUCAGUCCGGUGGUAUUCAACUGCUCAAACGACACCGAUAUCCUUGAUAUUAUGGGAAAUUACCGUAACGAGUUUAAAUUUGUUCCGGGGCCAUUUUGUGAUGCGGUAAGAAACGGCUCUUCUUUCCUGUUCGAUGAAGUUAAUCUGUUAAACAGGGAGUGUGUGCACUACGUGGAGAGUGUGGUGAGAAAUGGAACAUUUUACAAUCAUUUGUACGAGACUGUCAGCACAAGCGGAACACGCGUGUUUGGAUGUAUGAACCGAGAGGGAAAAAAAGCGAUGGAUACAAACGCUUUCCUCCGGAUCACGGUCAACGAUUUUUCGGGUGAUUUAGAUGAUGUAAAGCUGGUGGUCAAUUCCUAUGACUUUGAUCCGGGUGUGUUUGCGUGCAAAGACCGGGUUGCCCUGUUUUACCACGAAGUGAGUAGGAGAAAGAAAGUGAGUGGAAGAACACUCAGUAGAUUGCUUGGGAGUGAGUGCACGUAUUUGAGUGUUUAUACCCUGUUUGAAGAGGAGUAUGACGGGUAUAGGAUCGAUCGCGAUAUCAUGAACUAUGAUUAUGGAUGGAUUGCUAGCGACGAUACGAGUAGUCCCAGAAAUCACGCUGAAGGCGUGGUGCUUUCGGAUAUGACAGCUCCAGUCAAUUCGUUCGGCUCGUUGAUUCUCACUGAUACCUUGAAAGUGCUUCUUAUACAGCUGCAAUUCUGUGUAAGGAACAAACUGCCUAUAUUGCUGUACGGCGAGACAUCAACCGGAAAGACAUCCUUAAUCUACCAUUUGAGUAGGGCGUAUGGCAAGAACCUUGUAAGAAUAAACAACCACAAGGACACGGAUAGUUCUGAUUACCUGGGAAAGAGUGUGAUCGUGAAAGACAAGAUAAUACACAGCAAAGGUCCGCUGAUACGCGCUAUGUUGAACGGUGACUGGCUGUUAAUAGAUGAGAUGAAUUUGUGCAGCUGUGACGUGCUGGAGGUGCUGAACAGAUUGCUGGAUGAUAACAAGGAGAUAAGAAUACCUGAGACAGGCGAGAUCGUGCGACCGAGCGCUGAUUUUAGGAUUUUUGCAACGAUGAAUGCGAAUUACGCAGGCCGUAACACGCUGACAGAUGCUUUCAUGAACCGAUUUGUGGUAAAGGAAGUGAAGCUGAAUCUUAAGGAGGUGCUUAAAGACGAGAAAUACGCGUUUGUUAUAAAACUGUAUGAUCACCUCAGAGUGCUCAGGAACUUUCGCACACUGAUUACGCUGCGUGAUGUGUUCAAGAUUGCACGGAGAACCGGUGAUGAGAGCGUUGAAAGUGUUGUGUGGGAGUACCUGGGCGAGAGACAAAGGGACGAGAAAAUGAGAGCAAUGCUAUGCGAGUCGAUCGAGAGCUGCAGGGCUGCUGGUAACGAGCACGCGAUCAAUGAUGCUAGUAGAGACGUGUUGAACGGGCAGUUUGGUGGUUUGAUCGAUCGGUGUGCCGGAGCAUUCAACAAUUUCGUUUUUACGCCGCAGCAUAGAAAAGUAAUGCACCUGAUUCUCAAAGCAUGGCUUUACAAAGAGCAUGUUCUGCUCGUGGGAGAGACCGGGAUAGGAAAGACCAAAAUGGUGGAGAUACUCUCCCAAGUGCUUGGCAAGCCGCUUACAAUUGUGCCGUGCCACGGCAGUAUGGAUACGUCGGAUCUGAUUGGGCAGUAUGAAAUUGGUGGCGGUGAUGUGGUGUUCAGGGAGAGCGAGCUGGUGCGUGCGAUGCGAGAAGAUGGUGUUAUAUUGCUGGAUGAGAUCAACCUGCCGGAAAGCAGCGUUGUGGAACGGCUGAAUUCCCUCUUGGAUAGCAACAUGCUGUAUCUGACCGAAACAGGAGAGGUGGUGCACAAUCGAUCGUUAAUUAUUGCUACUAUGAAUCCCGGCACGUAUGCAGGCAAAAAGGAACUCGGUGAUGCGCUGAGGAACCGAUUUACUGAGAUAUACUUUCAUUUUGAUGACUAUGUACCGAUCGUUAACUGCCUUUUAAAGAACAGUGGAGGCGUACCAAGCAGUGCCUUGAUCAGUGCUGAGGACCUCAUUGAACGUAUUUGCAGGUUUAAGGACAGGCUGAGCAUCAGAAAGAUUGAAAGGAUGGUGCAGUUCUUUGGAGAGGGAACGAACAUGGUAAGACGAGAAACGAGGUGCCUGGAUGGAAGCGCUCUUCUGGACGAGGCCUGCGAGAUUGUAGGGCUAUCGCGUGCUGUGGAACAAAAAGAUUGCAAAUUGAUAGAUGAUGGGCUCAGGCUGGGGUGCUAUCCCUACUACAUCAUGAAGGGUGCGCGUGACGGUACGGAUAGAACCGCUGACCAAGAAAAUAACACGGGUAAAGAAAAUAGCACCAAUACUGAAACAGGCGCUAUCAACAGCAAGGAUACACGUGGCAGUGCCAUUCGUGUUAUUAAUUCGUUCGCAUCCAUUGAUACGCCCUUCAAAUUCAUGACGUACAACUUCUACGUUUUGCUGCGCGCACUGUUCCUCUCCAACAAUAUACUGAUUGAGGGAGCACCCGGUCUCGGCAAAACAACCAUAGUAAAGCAGCUUGGUUCAAUGCUGGGCAUACCGGUAGAAAGGGUGAAUCUUAACUCGUGUACGGAAUUCUCCGAUCUUACAGGCACCUUCAUACCACAGAACGAUAAAUUUGUCUUUGUCGAAUCACGGUUCAUAAAGGCACUGCGAGCAAACAGCAUAGUAAUCCUGGAUGAGAUCAAUCUGUGUACACAAAGCGUUAUUGAGGGCUUGAAUCCUCUACUGGAUCACAGAAGAGCGCUGACCGUUAAUAAUCGUGUGGUGACGACCAAGUCGCUCAUAUUCGGAACGAUGAACCCGUCAUCGUACAAGGGACGAAAGGCGCUGCCCAAGAGUUUCGUUGAUAGGUUUGUGCACGUUAGGUUUGAGCACUUUGAUGCAAAUGAGGUUGAGGACAUACUGGGCAGGCGUAUGGCACGGCUGAAGGCGGUGCAUGGAUGCACGAUGAGGCAGUGUGUGCGUGCAAAGAUGCUUGGUGAGAAUGUGAUUGUUGGGAGGGAUGUCAGCUAUCGGGUUGAGCAGGGACGUGUGCGUGUUGGUAGAACGGUUAUUGAGAGAGGGCGUACAGUUGAAUGUGGCCAGGCGUGUAACAGCACGAGCAUAGAAAGGAACGGGGAGCACGGUACAUCUGGUACCGUGGAUAUGAAUUAUCAGGUCGGUAACAAAUCGUGUGAAAGACGGAACGAAGUAAAAGAACAAAACGAAGAGAUGCCGUGUGAAUGCGAGGAUGCGCAAGCGGCCACAUCAAACGGUAACAACCACCUAGACGUAUCAAAAAACUUAUCAAAAUAUGCUUUCAUAGGCAAGAACAUUAAGCACCUCGAAUCUCUCAUAAACGCGCUGAACCGCAAAGUGCCAGUAAUCCUGACCGGUCCAGGCAAAUCGUCCCUGCUAGCCCUAACAGCUCAUCUACUCAACCUCAAACAGGUUCACAUUCACCUGCACGCCCAGAUUGACACGACAGAUCUGCUCGGACAGUACGAAAAAUGCGCGUCAUCAAUCUUCCGCUGGACAGACAGCCCACUCGUACGUUCACUCAACCACGAUAUCACCGUUUUGCAUACGCCAGAAAAGGUUGAUAAGUCGGUUCUUGACCGUCUUAACUCUCUGUUCGAUGAUAAUUACCUUAAUUUGAUUGAGAAGGGCAUUGACACGCAUUACCGGUCGACCACUCGAUUCGUGCUCUUUGUUGAUGAUGUGUGCCAGAUGAGCGCUCCCUUUGUUGAUAGGUGCGUGUUGAUCGAGUGCGCGGAUUGGAGCGUGCUUGAUUAUGUCAAGGUGGUGGCGUGCUGGUACAGUGGGGAUGAUCCUACUGUGCUGAUGGACACUUUGAGGCUGAGCGGUACUGUGGAGAAUGUUUACGGUGAUGAGAGCACGAUUGGUGGGGUGAAUAACGGAUCUGGUGCAGAAUGCGGUUUAAAUGGCGACCGCGGUCCAAGUUACGGCCUUGAGCGUAUCUUAGAGCAUAAAGAAGGUCAAACGGUCGGUGCUACGGUACGAAAGGCGCAAAUACUUUCAUUUCUUUGCGGUUCACGGAUGAGCACCACGUUAUUAAAAGAGCUGCACAUAAAAAUGAGGAUAAACACGUACAAAGAGAUGAUUGAGGAGGUUAUCACGAGCAUUGAAGAGGAUGCACGCAGUGGUGUGUACACUGACAGCCAGUACAUCAAAGAUGCGAUUACGUGUGCGUUACAGCACAUAAGCUGUGGUAAAUCCGUACUUCCCAACCUUGUGCUUGAACAGCACAUCAAAUGGUACUACAAUUACAGAGUGGUGAAGAUGAGCGAGAAGGAAAAUGAGUUGAUACGGUCGUACAACGUGAUAAGGAGUGUUGAUGCGUUAAGAUCGAUAGAGGAGUGUGUUGGCGUGUUGAGUAGAGAUAAUAGCGGUUUUAAGGAAAUGAUGGAGUAUGUGGAUGUGUUAAACGAGUUUGGAGUGGUGAGCGUGCGAGAACUGAAGGAGCGGUACUUAUGCAGUGCUAUAGAUGAGUACGGUGAAGAAAGGGAUGAGGAGCGUGGUGAAGAAAGGGAUGAGGAGCGGUACUUAUGCAGUGCUAUAGAUGAAUACGGUGAAGAAAGGGAUGAGGAGCGUGGUGAAGAAAGAGAUGAGGAGCGUGGUGGAAAAAGAGAUGAGGAGCGUGGUGGAAAAAGAGAUGAGGAGCGUGAUGAGAAUGGCAAGAGAAUAAGAAGUGCUGAUGAUGUAUCCGUUAGCAACACACAUACGGAGCGCACUCUUGCUACUACGCAUCGUUCAACACGCCCCCGUUCUCUAAAGGAACUUUCUUUCAGGGACGUACUAACGCUCAAAGACACACAUGUUAAAUUCAACAGGGCGUUGUUCAACGAUCUGAUAAGGAGCGAUCCGCUGCUCCUUCUGGUAAAGGAGUGCGAUGUUCUGCCAGACAUACGCAGGAUUCUCAUCAAAAUGUACAAGUACGGUAAAACGGAUGAUAUCGGUACUGUUAGAGAGUUCGUGCGGGAAGGCCAAAGAAAAAUGAAAAUAAGGGAAAAGUUGAACAAGGAGAUGAAAGAAAGAGAUUUUACACGAUUUAAGAAUAUGGUGCGUGAAAUAGAAGCGUGCAUAGAACGAGAAAAUGGCGCAUACGAUUUUCUUAGGGCGAUGCUUGGUGAGCAAGGAUUGGACAUGCUCGUGUAUUACAGGCUAAGAAUUGUUAAAAUGCUUAGAAAGGUGAAAAAGCGGGCACUUGAGAGGCACAAAAGGGUGCUGGUGCAGCGGUACUUAACAGGUGAUGAUAAUUUGAACACGUACCUGCCUUUGAUACGGGGUAUGCCUAUGCGCAUGCUUACGAGGAGUUACUGUGCAUUUUUUUACGCUACAUUUUUCAGAAAGACGUGUGGAACGAUUCACCCGUUUGUUGUGGAAGCGAUUGGCGAGGGGUAUGCUGUGUGCGAUGGGAUGCUGAACGAGGGGAUUAGAGAUAGAAUCACAAGUAGGAAAGGUGGCAAGGAUGGGCAUGCUGGUAGUACGAAUAGAAGUGCUGCGAUAAAUACUGCUCCAGUCUCGGAUAUAAACUAUCAGGUACUCGUUCACGUGAUCACUAAGGACUGGCAAAUCAAUACCUUAGAGCCAUUCAUGCUGAUGUACUCCUACACUCACUUCCGCACUGUUCUGUUCUUUCUUAAAGAAUUGUCCGUAUCAAAACACUUGCUGCCCGCCAAAGAGUUGUUUUACGGCAUGAGCCUGCAGUACCACACUUUUAACCGUGAGGUGCGAGAAGAGGUAAAUGCACUCGAAGUGAUAAAGGAGGUGGAUAUGAGGUACGAAGUUGGUUGUUAUAAGUGUUGUGAUGCUAUGGAAAGGGUGCACAGGAUGUUGCGAGUUGAGGAUGGUAGUGGUAAGGGGUGUUGGUGCGUUAGGGUGUUUAGGAUGGGUGGAUUGGAUGGAAUGAGAGAUGUUGUACAGGUUGUGGAGCAGGAGUGUGGCGGUACAGGUAGAUACACAGAAAAUGGCAGGAUGAGCGAUGUUGUACAGGUUGUGGAGCAGGAGUGUGGCGGUACAGGUAGAUACACAGAGAAUGGCAGGAUGAGAGGUGAGGAUCAAGGUGCUAGAGAUGAUGGCAGAACCGGUGCAACUGAUAGAAAUGCAACAACCUGUACAAACAGGUUAGACCCACUCUCAUUCUACAAUAGAGCAAUACCAUCACAACCGUACAACAGCCAUGAAAUAGCCCUUGGUCAACUAUUCUUCAAAUUUAACAUCCUCAAAGAGAGCGUGUCACCACAGCUCAGUGCUCUGCUGAUUCUUUGCUUUUACUACCCGUACACUCCUCUGAUAAUGUACGUGAGUAAAGCGAUGGACGAAAGGGAUGCGUGGCUGGUUAGAGAUGGUAGAGAAGGUGGACGUGGAGAUGUAUGUGAGGAGGUGGACGAUAAGAGUGGUGAGGAUGAGAAUGAAGAUGGAGAGGGUGGUUGUGGGAAGGGAGAGUGUGAGGAGGAGGAUAAUGAUGGAGGGAUUGGCUGUAGAACGAAAGAGGAUGAAGAAAGGAAAGAGGAUGAAGAAAGGAAAGAGGAUGAAGAAAGGAAAGAAAAGAUGGGAGAAGAAGAAAAUGAUGGUAGAAUCGGUGAAAAUGAGCAGGGUGUGAACGAAGAAGGGGAUGAUUACGAUGAUGAAACAGAGAAAAAUAUUGAUUUGGAUGAACUGGAGAAGGUGGAUGGAGAGUUUGAUGAUGGAAUUGAAGAAAUAGCUGAGGAUGGGGAAGGAUCGGUUGAUAGAAUGGAAAACGAAUCGUGUGUAGAAGGAGAAAACGAAUUGAGCGAUGGAGCGGAAAACGAAUCGAGUGAUAGAAAAGAAGGUAAGCCGAGUGAUGGGGAGGAUUCUCUCAACGCGGAUGACGAGAGCAUCCUCAACGAUUCGGCUGGUGAAAGUACUGCCGAUUCAUCGGGUGAAUUGUUUGACCCGACCUCCUCGUCGGAGAAUGCUCUGGACGAAAGAACGUAUCGCUUUGAGGAAGGCAUGCGAAACGAUGAGCAGUGCUGUGAUGAGGCAGAUAACUAUGAAAAGGGUGGUUGCAAGGAGGAAGGUGGUGGUGCUAAAGCUUUAUGUGCUGAGGAAGGCAGCGAUGAGAACAGCGUAGGUGUUGUCAACGUGGAUGAUAACGUGCUGAACAAGGGUAACGUGGAGGAGUACGCGGAGAGUGCCGCGGUUGACAGAGUGCUCAAUUUCGAUGCUGAGGUGGAUGCUCAGCUCACAGAAAGGGUGCGCAGCAUUUUGUUCUCACGCAAAGCGUAUAAAGGCGAUUACAGAACGGGCAAAAAACUGAAUUUAAAGAAAAUCGUACAGUUCAUUGCAAGCGACUACCAAAAAGACAAAAUAUGGUACAGAAAGAACGGUCGAGCACCUACAAAAAUACGCCUAUUCAUAGACAAUUCGCGUUCUAUGACACAUUACAACCUACAAAAGCUGAGUUUUGUCUACAGAAGGCUAUAUGGUGCAUUUAAAGCGCUUGAUGUGCCCAUUGAGCUGUACAAGUUCGGUGAAAAUGCCACUCUCAUACAGUCUCCCAGUGAUCUGCCGUUUGAUGACAGCGUAACGAAUUAUUCGUUCGUCGAGCAUUUCGGUGAUGGCGUGAACAUCGUGCUAACGGAUGGUAUUGUUAACGAGUUAAAGAGCAAAGACAAUGAACGGUUCCUUUUUCUUAUUUUCAAUAGAGAGAUAUUGAGGAUGGAGAGCGUGAGGUAUGAUGGUGAUAGAAUGAUUCGGAGCAGGUAUUUGGAUAGUGUUAGAUUUAGAUAUGAAGUUAUUGGUGAUGUAGAGGAGGUGGAGGAAAGCAUAUUGAUUGCUCUGGAGGAGAUGGUGAUGAAUGAUUGA